UGCGCGGGCAGGGCGUCACUUUUACGCCAGGCCGGAAAGCCCCUCGUCCGCAGAGACCAUUGCGGCUCAGGCCAGCCAUGGGGAGGAUCGGGCUGCAGCUCAAGGCCACCCUGGAGAACGUGACACGCCUGCGGCCCGUGGGGGACGACUUCCGCUGGCACCUUAAGAUGAAAUGCGGCAAUUGCGGGGAGGUGUCGGAGAAGUGGCAGUACAUCCGGCUGAUGGACAGUGUUCCCUUGAAGGGAGGCCGGGGCUCUGCAACCAUGGUGCAGAAAUGUAAGCUCUGCUCCCGAGACAAUUCCAUCGACAUUCUGAGCAACAGCAUCAAGCCUUACAAUGCCGAAGACAGUGAGAAGUUCAAGACGAUCGUGGAAUUUGAAUGUCGGGGCCUGGAGCCCGUGGACUUCCAGCCCCAAGCUGGCUUUGCUGCCGAGGGCACAGAGACUGGGACAGCUUUCAGUGACAUCAAUCUGCUCGAAAAGGACUGGACGGACUACGAUGAAAAAGCCCAGGAAUCGGUGGGAAUCUACGAGGUCACUCAUCAGUUUGUGAAAUGCUGAAAGAAACUGCCCGUUGGCCCCGUGACUGCCAUGCACAGGUUGGCCCCUGACCUGCCACUGUAGCUCUCCCAUCCAUGCCAAUAAAGACUCGUGUCCCCCAA